CCUCCCAGCAGCCUCCAUUCCUGGGCAACUUUCUGUGUAUCCUCCCAGCAGCCUCCAUUCCUGGGCAACUUUCUGUUUGGAGCUUGUUAUUGGCAUUUCUUUUGUCGGACACUGAGGGGCCUUUAUUUAACAAGCUCAGCGGUAAAAUCACAUCACCGUGGGCACCAACCGUCCUUUCAGCAGCACUAAAAUUGCCCCAGAGCGGCAGUGAGCCGGAAGCACUAUGGGUUGUGCCAGGCAGAGCAGAAUGGAAGCCGGGGAGCCCCAGGACUGUACCUCCUGGUUACCUGAUGAGUUGGCAUUGCGCAUCCUCUCGUACCUUGAUGCCAAGGAUAUCCUGCAGGUGGCGCAGACUUGCCAGCGCUGGAGAGAGUUGGCUGAGGAUGAAGGCCUGUGGCAGGGAAAGUGCAAGGCUGAUGGGAUUGAGGAGCCGCUGCACAUAAGCACAGCUACAGGCUCUAGGCCCCGCCCAUGGAAAAGCGCUUACACCAAUCAGCUCAGGGUCGAUACCAACUGGCGCCGAGGGAGAUUCAAAACAAUCACAGUGGAUUUAUUUGGGGAUUAUCGCAACCCAGACCAUGUGGGGUUUAAUGGGAAGGAAUUGGUCUGUACUACACAUAAGGAAAUAAUAAAGGUCUGGUCGGCAGUUACAGGCGAGUGUCCAAGGACCCUUGUGGGACACAGAGCUAGUGUCACAGCAGUGCAAAUGAGAGAUCACAUGAUUGUUACUGGAUAUCUGGAUGGUACAAUAAACGUAUGGAAUGCAGAGAGCGGGGCAUGUAUCCACACGCUGGGCGGCCAUACUUCUCACAUACACAAUGUGCAUCUCCAUGAGCAAAGAGCAGCGAGUUGUUCUUCAGAUCGCACCAUCCGGGUUUGGGACAUUGAGGCAGGACAGUGCUUACACACCCUAUUGGGGCAUAAACUUGCUGUCACGUGGGUUUGGUAUAAUGGCCGAAGGUUGCUGAGUGAAGAUUUGAGCCAUAUAGUGAGAACGUGGGACCCUGAGACAGAAACCUGUCUGCGCUCUGUUUCUCUGCGCUGCGGUACAUACUUACGAUUUGCACACUUUGAUGGGAAGCACAUAGUCAGCCUUCUAUGCCCGGAGGAAACCAUAGCCGUUUGGGACGGGGAGACAUUAGAGCACACUCGCACAAUACCUGGGACCUACACUGCUGUGAUGACUCUGAAGAACAGCAUUCUGGGAGUGGUAAAUAGCGGCCACGCUGCUGAAAUAUGGAACGUCGAAACAGGGCAGCGCUUGAAUGUCCUGCAGGAUCCCGAUGGAUUCGACCAUUAUGCCUAUGACUUAGGUCUCCAGGGGGAUUUCCUCAUAGGCAGGACUGGCACUGGGAGGAUCACAUUGUGGGACUGGAGAACCGGGAAAUUUCUGCGGAAUCUGUUUGUUCCUAAGAGAGAAGAAGACUGUGAUCCUGAUUUCCACACCUUCAGCACAAAGCAUAUCUAUGUGUUUGUAAAUUGGACAAAGGUGGUGGUUCUGGACUUCGAUGUGAAGGAAUGGGCAAGAAAAAAAAGGAGGGUGGUUCCCUCCUUGGGCUGGUGCCACAUGGUGGAUUCCUGACUAUGCAGUUCUGUGGCAAAAUCUGCUCUGUGUGCCUGUACCUGGGCCAACACCAUGACUCUGGGUGCAGGCGCAUGAAGCAGCUUUAGGGGCAGAUUGUCAGUCUGCAUUUCUGUGCAAGCCAGGAAUCAGCCAGGUGUAUUAUAUAUAGUAUUAUAUAUAGAACAUGCAUGCAAGUAGGCACUCACGUUUAACCAAGUCCAAGUGUGCCUGGGUGCAGUAUAAUAGAAAUAGUACAGUCCAAUGUAGAUGCCGCACUCAC